CUCCCGCCUCAUCCUCGUCCUCCCUCGCGCGAGAAGAAAUCCCAGAAGAAAAAUGGCGGACUGCGGCAUCGGUUUCUUCCCCAUCUGCAUCCAGUGCGGGACUAACCAAAACCCCUGCCACGUCAAGAUCGUCGGACCGACGCUGGGGUUCGUCGUCGGUGUCUGUUUGGCGGUUGUCUGUUGGCCCGCGGCGUUGUUGUGCGGAUGUUGUGCGACCGAGGCGGGAAAGAAGACUCUGGGCUUUCCGGCAGAUUCGUCGGGGGCAAUCAGUGAUGCGAUACCCUUUUAGCACUGUCUUGAUGUCUGCACAGGGACAACUAAGAUGAGGAGGAGGAGAAGGUUUGGCUGGUUGCGAGAAGGGACGAACCGAGGAGGCGCGCUCGAGGAGGAUUAAUGGUUUUUUGCGUGGUCAAGAGAGGAUCUGCAGGCAUUGAUUGACGCCGCCCAGAGAAGGGAGAAUCUUGGUAAUGAUACACAUUGAAUGAGGGGAGGAAAUCGAUACAUCCUGGUAAUAAUACAAACUAAUCGAUGAACGAAUGG